UCUUCUAUUAUUCUAUUAUCCACUUCGCGCACAACAAGAGGCGAAGAAGAAGAGACGCAUCCAUGGCUGCUGCUUCUUCUUCUCCUCCUCCUCCAUUCCUCAUCUACUCUCCUCUCAACCCCCGCUCGCCCCUCCUCGUCAUCCACCGCUUCCGCCUCCUCCCGAAUCUGCCUCUCCGCCGCCGACCUCGCCGCCUCGCCUCCCUCUCCGUCUGCGCCGCCAAGAACGGCGACAACGACGACGCCGCCCCCCCGGACCGCCUCCUAUCCGCCGCCUGCUACCUCUACCCCUUCCUCGACGGUGUCCAGUACGGCCGCUUCGUGCUCACCCAGUUCCCGGUGUUCCAGGUCGCCCUUCAGCCCCUCGUCCCGGCCAUCCGCCUCUUCCACUCCUCCCCGCUCACGCCCUUCCUCCUUUUCCUUGCCCUCUACUUUGUCGUCGUCCGCAACCCUUCUAGGUUCAGCCGCUACGUCCGGUUCAACACGAUGCAGGCGAUCGUCCUCGACGUCCUCCUCAUCUUCCCCGACCUACUGGAGCGCUCCUUCAGUCCUAGCAGCGGGAUCGGGUUGGAUCUGCUCCAGGUCCUCGACAGCACCGUCUUCCUCUUCCUCCUCGUCUCGCUUGUCUAUGGAUCGACUACUUGCCUUUUGGGGCAGGUGCCGCGGCUGCCGAUCGUCGCCGAGGCCGCCGAGAGGCAGGUCAUGUGAUGUGAUGCAAUGAUAUUCAUCCAUGGCGUAUACAGAAUACACAGCCACUAGAAGAACCACGCCGCUGUACUACUUUUAUUGCACUCGCUGCGCACGAAGAACAUUUCCAAUUCAUCUAACCUGUGUGGACCGCAGAGAGACAAGGCAGGAUGCGCCUGAAGAACAAGAGCUCCUCAUAUGUAGAGAUUGUCAUACAUUUUUUUGGGGGAAAUGACUACUGGCAUGAUCCAUAGAACUGAAUGUACUAAAUGGUUCAAUACAUUCAACACAAGAGGUGCAUUUGAUUCCCUAGUCUAGUUAUUCAUUCAAGUUUGUCAAAAUAAUAUGUUGCUAUUUCUUCAUUGUCAA